AUGGGAAUUGAUUGCCGUAAUGCUGUGAGCAACACCUGUGAGUUGAACGGCAUGAAAGGCUUAGCUACAAGGACUCUUGUGAGCAAAGCCAACGCAAGCCAGGUGCUGAGGCACCCGAGAGGAGCACGUCAGCUCGCAUCGAUCCAUCACUCCAUCUCCUGCUGUGACUUCCCCUCCAGAGCCACCUGCAAGCCACACGCACAGACAGAAGUGGUUCUGGCUGAGCGUCUGGUGCCAAUUCCGUCCCGUGGGCAGCGUGCCACCUGCUACCACGUCGCCGUGGAAAUUCCCAAAGUUCCUCUUGAAAGUCCAAUCUCUGUGUUGCAGUCCAUCACCGCUUCCACCAAGUCCCCAAGAAGCCAGAGGGAUGACCUAGUCCCCAGCCCACGCUGCUGCUGCUGGUCUCACUUGGCUUCCCUCCCACCCCUCGCAGGCGUGAUCCGGUACGUGGCACUGCUCAUCACACUGCUGGGCACAUGGUUCAUCGUGCAGACGUACUUUGAUCACAGAUGGAAAGUCAUCAGCCUGCGGAGCUGGCUCGGUGCCACCAACAAGCUCAGCAGUGAGCAGCUGCCCCGGCACAAGUGUGGGAACCAGAAGAGCUGCCCCCAGAACUAUUUUGCCUUCAAGAUCAUCAGCGGCGCCGCAAACGUGGUGGGACCCUCCAUCUGCUUCGACAACGUGGUCCUCAUGAGCAGCGUGAAAAACAACAUUGGCAGAGGCCUGAACAUCGCGCUGGUGAAUGGAACAAGCGGGCAGCUCCUGAAAGCUGACACAUUCGACAUGUACUCCGGAGACAUUAACAAACUGGAUACCUUCCUCCAAGAGAUCAAGCGCGGCACCAUUGUGCUGGUGGCCAGCUAUGAUGACCCUGCUACAAAGAUGAAUGACAAAGUACGGGCACAGUUUGUGGAGCUGGGCAGCAGCCACGUGAGCAACCUGGGCUUUCGGGACAACUGGGUCUUCUUGGGAGCGAAAGGGCUGAAGAGCAAGAGCCCCUUUGAAGAGCACAUCAAAAAUGAUAGGGAGACUAAUAAAUACGAUGGCUGGCCUGAGAUGCUGGAGCUGGAGGGUUGUGCCCCCAGGAAGAUGGAUUAG